AUGCUGGCGGGCCCGCCUAAUGUCCCCACCACCCCAAGGCUGAGGACAGAUGGUGGUGUGGAAGAUCUGAGGCAGGGCAAGCCUGUCCCCAGCCACAGGAAAACCUCUGUCUGGCGGGAGGGCGGUGGCUGGGCCUGGCAGGCUGGACUCCGGGGGUAUGAGAGGCAGCAGACCCUUAUCCUCACUCUCCCCAAAGACCUCCCCAUGCUGGCUGAUGGUGCCUUCCUCGUGCCCUACUUCCUCAUGCUGGCCAUCUGUGGCAUCCCCCUCUUCUUCCUCGAGCUCUCACUGGGCCAGUUCUCCAGCCUGGGACCCCUGGCCGUCUGGAAAAUCAGCCCCCUCUUCAAAGGUGCCGGCGCGGCCAUGCUGCUCAUCGUAGGCCUGGUGGCCAUCUACUACAACAUGAUCAUCGCCUACGUCCUCUUCUACCUCUUCGCCUCCCUCACCAGCAACCUGCCCUGGGAACACUGUGGCAACUGGUGGAACACAGACCUCUGCCUUGAGCACAGAGGCUCCAAGGAUGGCAAUGGAGCCCUGCCCCUCAACCUCACCAGCACCGUCAGCCCCAGCGAGGAGUACUGGAGCCGCUACGUUCUCCACAUCCAAGGCAGCCGGGGCAUUGGCAGUCCUGGGGAGAUCCGCUGGAACCUCUGCCUCUGCCUGCUGCUUGCCUGGGUCAUCGUGUUCCUCUGUAUCCUCAAGGGUGUGAAGUCUUCGGGCAAGGCUCCUUACCGCACCAUCCCUGGACCUGCCGUCUCGCUCUCAUUCCACCUCCUUCCUCCUCCUUCCUUGCCCUCUGGACGCCACGGUGUGCAGCCCCUUCUCUUUGCUCUCCAUCUGCACCCUUUCCUGCCACAGGUGUGGAUCGAAGCUGCUCUUCAGAUCUUCUACUCCCUGGGUGUGGGCUUCGGGGGUCUCCUCACUUUUGCCUCCUACAACACGUUUCACCAGAACAUCUAUAGAGACACCUUCAUCGUCACUCUGGGCAACGCCAUCACCAGCAUCCUGGCUGGCUUCGCCAUCUUCUCCGUGCUGGGCUACAUGUCUCAGGAGCUGGGUGUGCCUGUGGACCAAGUGGCCAAAGCAGGCCCCGGCCUGGCCUUUGUCGUCUACCCACAGGCCAUGACCAUGCUGCCUCUGUCGCCCUUCUGGUCCUUCCUUUUCUUCUUCAUGCUCCUGACUCUUGGCUUGGAUAGCCAGUUUGCCUUCCUGGAGACCAUUGUGACAGCUGUGACAGACGAGUUCCCGUAUUACCUGCGGCCCAAGAAGGCUGUGUUCUCGGGGCUCAUCUGCGUGGCCAUGUACCUGAUGGGGCUGGUCCUCACCACCGACGGGGGCAUGUACUGGCUGGUGCUUCUGGACGACUACAGCGCCAGCUUCGGGCUAAUGGUGGUGGUGAUCACCACGUGCCUCGCCGUCACCCGGGUGUAUGGCAUCCAGAGGUUCUGCCGGGACAUCCACAUGAUGCUGGGCUUCAAGCCGGGCCUGUACUUCAGGGCCUGCUGGCUGUUCCUGUCCCCGGCCACGCUUCUGGCCCUGCUGGUAUACAGCAUCGUCAAGUACCAGCCCUCAGAGUACGGCAGCUACAGAUUCCCAGCCUGGGCAGAGCUGCUGGGCAUCCUGAUGGGCCUGCUGUCCUGCCUCAUGAUCCCAGCCGGCAUGCUGGUGGCCGUGCUCCGGGAGGAGGGCUCGCUCUGGGAGCGGCUCCAGCAGGCCAGCCGACCGACCAUGGACUGGGGCCCAUCGCUGGAGGAGAACCGGACUGGCAUGUACGUGGCCACGCUCGUGGGGAGCCAGUCACCCAAGCCACUGAUGGUGCACAUGCGCAAGUACGGGGGCAUCACCAGCUUCGAGAACACUGCCAUCGAGGUGGACCGCGAGAUCGCUGAGGAGGAGGAGUCUAUGAUGUGA